AUGAGUUGCUGCUUGUGCUUGGCAAGAACAAUAAUAGGAUUAGUAAACUUGAUCAUCCUAAUAGUGAUGGCUGUUAUCCUCUACUUCAGUUGGGAUCAGAUUAAACAAAUCAAGAUUGACGAGAUCAAGAGUUCGAAGAAAGUUCUCAUAUUCGUCAUUGUUGUUGUUGCGAUAAUCGCAAUAACAUGCAUCAUCGGUUUCUUCUUGUUGUGUUGUGAUAGCAAGUGUUUCAGGAUGACGUAUGCAAUAUUAUACUUCAUCAUCGUCAUCGCUGAGAUCGUUUUAGUCUACUUCACAGUCAAAGCAUUCCCAAAGAUUAUCGAUGACACAGAAGAUUGGUGGAACGAGAACAAAGGGAAACAAAGUGUCAAAGAUAUUGAAUCAGACUUAGAAUGCUGUGGAUUCAAGACGGCAUACAACGCAGCCGAGAUGGCAAACUGCGGAUAUCAACAAAACAAUACAUCAAACUCGACUGAUAAUAACAUAACAGAUACAAACUCAACUGAGAAUAACACAACAGGAAACGUACAAACUUGUUAUAACAAGAUUGAUGAAAACUUGAACAAGUCGAAGAAAGGCUUGAAGAUUGCAGGAAUCGUCGUCAUCGUUGUUCAAGCACUCCUCCUCAUCUACUCAAUCUGGUAUGGCUGCUGCUACAAACGCCACAAGAAAGACAAAAGCAGUUCAACAUCUUCUUCAUAA